CAGUAUCGACAUGGUGGCACUCCAUGGCCGCACCGCACCUUCGACCGCAUGUCUGCACCUGCUGCGCAAUCUCCUCGAUGCGCCUGCCCAUGCAUGCCCUCCCGCGAUGACGAGGCGCUCCGCCGCGCCUUUGCAAUCGCGAACCUUCACAGCGUCAACGGGACACGUCCAGCGACGUUCACAAAUCGCGCGCAGCGACCACGAUAGAAUACAGCGUCGCACCUACGCAUCCUCGCCGCACCAUCAAGAGACCUUCUGGCGGCGGCUGCGACAGUCACGGAGCGCAGCAAAGCCUGCCGCCAACGACAAUCUGCCUCCACUUGCCGGCUUCCUGGACGACAAUGCUGGACUGGGCGGCAGGAUCAUCAAGCCCAGCAACGAGUUGAAGCUACGCUGCACCGAAUUCGACGAGAAUGGCAAUGUUACGCUGGUUAAUGGCGAGUUCCGCAAAAGCGAGCUCAUUCAGAAGUAUUCGCUGCUACCGCGCGAUUUGCGCAAGAUCGAUAGCAGCGUGCUGCCACACAUUCUGGUCCGACCCUCGGCCAUCUUGAUCAAUUUACUGCAUCUGCGGUGCCUGAUCAAGCACAACCGCGUUCUGGUCUUCGAUGUCUAUGGCUCCACCGAUUCCUACGCACAAAGUCUGUUCAUGUACGAUCUGGAGGGCAAGCUCCGGCAAAAGCAGACGACAAGUGCUGCGGGGAAUCUGCCUUACGAAUUCCGAGCCCUCGAAGCGGUCCUCAUCAGCGUUACCAGUGGGCUCGAAAGCGAGUUCGAGGGGGUGAGGGAACCUGUGGUGCGAGUGCUGCGAGAAUUGGAAGAGGAUAUUGAUCGUGACAAGCUACGACAUCUGCUCAUCUACUCGAAGAAGCUGGGCACAUUUGAACAGAAGGCUCGCCUGGUGCGCGAUGCGAUCGACGAUUUAUUGGAAGCGGACGAUGAUCUAGCCCGCAUGUACCUCACCGAAAAAGCUGCUGGGACAGAAAGGGAGGAUGACAAUCAUGAAGAGGUGGAACUGCUCUUGGAAUCGUAUCACAAAGUGGCAGACGAGAUUGUGCAAGUCUCAUCUAACAUCGUCAGCGCCAUCCGAAACACAGAGGAGAUCGUUCGUGCCAUUCUGGAUGCGAACCGCAACAGCCUCAUGCUUCUCGAUCUGAAGUUCAGCAUCGGGACCUUGGGCAUCAGUGCCGGCAUGUUCAUCGCCGCGCUGUACGGAAUGAAUCUGGAAAACUUCAUCGAAGAGUCGAACCUAGGCUUCUUCGGUGUAACCGCCGCAUCAACUGUGCUCUCGAUCGGAGCAUGCUGGUGGGGUCUCAAGAAGCUCCGCAAAGUGCAGAGACUUUCUAUGUGGGGCGAGGGAGGCGUAAUAAAGAACAAUGCCCGGAGCUCAAGGGGCCGCUGGAGUGAGGUUGAAGGACGCAAUGAUGGCGAGAAGCCACUCGCUGAAGCAGUUGCCGGCAUCAAGAAAGCUGAGGGUCUGAGAUCAUGGAAGGUCGCACAGAACGAGCGCUUGAAGCACAUGCACGGCGACGCAACAAAAUCUGCGCCUCCGCUCGCGCUGAGAACGAUGAGAUGAGGUUCGUGGCAUCCUUGAUGCUUUUUGUAGAAUUAUCGUGCUGGGUCUAGCGAGGCGUUUUGGGGGCAUCUUGACUCUUACUACAGCAUAGCAUAAUGUGGUUUUGCACCACAGUUACGUGUAUAUAUUGUUCUGCCAGAACAUGCAGCAAACCAGCGACCUGUUGCUCCGGGCGCAUUGUGACUCUCCGGCUCGGAUCGGUCUUCC